UGGCAACGGGACGCUAUUUUCUUUUCGAUUAUACUCGACGACUUUAUCAAAUCGUACAAUAGUCCUAACGUAUCAGUUUGGUCGUUACUCGUGUUAUAGGAUUAGCUCGUAUGUUGUAAAUCGUCUGCUUUCAUCUACACGUGGUUUACACUAAACAGAGAACAUGUCUGAUAGAAAAGCCGUUAUUAAGAAUGCCGAUAUGGCAGAGGACAUGCAACAGGAUGCAGUAGAUUGUGCAACACAGGCUUUGGAAAAAUACAACAUCGAAAAGGACAUAGCUGCUUACAUCAAAAAGGAAUUUGACAAAAAAUAUAACCCAACAUGGCACUGCAUAUGUGGACGAAAUUUCGGAAGCUACGUCACCCACGAAACGAAGCAUUUCAUAUAUUUUUAUUUAGGCCAAAUCGCCAUUCUUCUUUUCAAGUCAGGAUAAAACCCGUAACAAACAUUAUGAUACUUAUCAUAAAUACAUGUACAAUUCACUGUUCACUGAGUGUUUCCUAUUGUGCUCACUGUGCAAUGUGAUCAACAAUUUUGCUGUCUUUGAUGUAAAAAUUUUCUACUUUAUUUCUAUUCCAUUU